AUGUACUGCCGCCGCCGCCCGCCGCCGCAGUGGCUCGUGCUCGCCGACGACGACACCGCCUUCGUGCUCCCGAACCUGCUCCGCGCCCUCCGCAGGUACGACCACCGCGAGCCCUGGUACCUCGGCGCGCGCUCCGAGUCCGCGGCGCAGAACGCCUGGCACGGCUUCGCCAUGGCAUACGGCGGCGCCGGCAUCGCCGUCAGCUGGCCCCUCGCGCGCCGCCUCGCCCGCUCCCUCGACUCCUGCGUCCUCAGGUACCCGCACCUCUACGGCAGCGACGCCAGGAUCUACGCCUGCCUCGCCGAGCUCGGCGUCGAGCUCACCCACGAGCCAGGCUUCCACCAGAUCGACCUUCAUGGGGAUAUUUCUGGCCUGCUAAGAGCACAUCCACUUUCUCCUUUAGUUUCACUGCACCAUCUUGAUAAUGUGUAUCCUCUUUACCCUGGUAUGGACCGGACAAGAGCAAUGAAACAUUUCUUCAGGGCUGCUAAUGCUGAUCCAGCGAGGAUCCUGCAACAAACAGUGUGUUAUGACAGCAAAAGAUCCCUUACAGUAUCAAUCGCAUGGGGCUAUUCAGUUCAGGUGUUCAAAGGCAAUAUUCUGCUCCCUGACCUCCUUGCUGUGCAGAAAACAUUUGUGCCAUGGAAAAGGGGUCGCAAUGUUACAGAUGUCUAUAUGUUUAACACCAAACAUGUUCCCAGAGAUGAGUGCAAAAGAGGAGCUCUUUUCUUUCUGAAAAGCAUUUCUUCGGGGGAAGGCAAGACACAAACCACUUACAAUAGACAGCCACCGAGAAAAUGCUUGCCUGACUUGAUACCAUUGAAGAAUCUAAGUCUGAUAAAAGUGACGGCUGAACAACUGCAACUGAUUCCUGGGAAGGCCUUAAAACGGCAUUGUUGUGACAUUGUACCUUCUUCAUCUGAUACCACCAUGGAUGUUAACAUCAGAAAAUGCAAAGAUGAUGAGUUGAUCGCGAUGCAUUCAUAGUCAUUCUUCUGUCAGAUGGACGCUCAUCUAUUGCAGAGGUCAUCAUCCACCCCAAUCGUGUCCUGAAACUGAGCCAUGCUCUUUGAAGAAUCAUCAUGGAUGAACACUAGAUUUAUUAUAGUAUAGACAGAGACAGAAACAGCAAAGAAAUACAGAUACAUACAGAGUCUAGACAGAGGUAGGAACGUAGGAUAAAUUAGCAAUUUAGCAUCUCUAUUCCUUCAAAUAGCAGAGUUGGGGCAUCAGCAUUUGAUUGUUCCAUAGUCUGACUUGUAACAUCAAAUUGUCAUAUUUUUGCCAGACAAUGCUGCAAAUAAUACAGCUGACGCAAAUCACCUUUUUGUUGGGGCAUUGAGAUAGAUCUUGGAAAUGUGAAAAAAGUUUACACUUAUUUCUCA